UAUUAUGUGUUGUGUGUGUGUGUGUAUAUAUAUAUCUUAAAAUCUUGAAUCAAUGUAUGCAAUGUUUUUUGCUAAAAUCUUGAAUCAAUGUAUGUAAUGAUUUUUUCAUAUGAAAAAUUAGUUUAUUUAUAUUAUAAAUAACAACUUAUAUGUUGUAAUAGGUACUGUGUUUAAUAUGGAUAAAGCAUGGAUGACACAGAAUAAAAGGUCUAAUGAAUAUAUAGGACUUAAGAACUUUAUGUUAUUUGUGGGAAAUCACUUGGGACAUGAUUGUGAGAUUAGGUGUCCAUGUAAAAAAUGUCUAAACACAACAUCCUUAAAUCAAAGUGUGGUAUAUAUGCAUUUGCGCCAAAAUGGAAUAGACACAGAUUACACACAAUGGAUAUUUCAUGGUGAGUCACCGACUUUUCAAGAACGAAGUAAUAAUGGUUCUCAGGUUGAGUAUGAUGAUUCUGAUGAUGAUGAAAACUUAGAUGGAGUCGAUGAGUUCUUAAAUGAAUAUGGAAAUUUUGUCAACUUCAACUCACAGUUAAAUCCCAAUACUCAUAGUGGUGAAAUUGAUCAUUUUGAAAACAUGUUGAGAGAAGCAAAACAAGAAUUAUAUCCAGGUUGCACUAAAUUCUCAAAAUUACCAUUAACUGUGAAGUUGCUUCAUUUGAAAGUGUAUAAUAAAUGGAGCAAUAAAUCAUUUGACAUGUUGCUUGAAUUGUUAAAAGAAUGCUUACCUGAUGGCAAUACACUUCCACAUUCUCACUAUGAGUCUAAGUCUAUGCUUUGUAACUUGGGAUUGGGAUACACAAAUAUUCAUGCAUGCAAAUAUGAUUGUGUGUUAUUUUGGAAGGAAUUAGAGACAAAUGAAUGUUGUCCUAUAUGUGGUACUUCUAGAUGGAAAGUCAAGGGUAGUAAAGGAAAAAAUAUUCCUCAUAAGAUACUAAGGUACUUUCCUCUAAAACCAAGGCUUCAAAGACUGUUUAUGUCAAAAAAAAUUGCAAAUGAUAUGAGGUGGCAUAAGGAAAGACGAAUUGAUGAUGAUGAGUACUUACGUCAUCCAGCUGAUUCUAAGGCUUGGAAAGAUUUUGAUAAAGAGUUUCCCUGGUUUGCUAAUGAUGCAAGAAAUGUUAGGCUUGGUUUAGCUUCUGAUGGAUUCAACCCAUUUGGAAAUAUGAGUAAUGCUUAUAGUAUGUGGCCAGUGAUAUUAAUUCCAUACAAUUUACCACCAUGGAUGUGUAUGAAAGAGUCAUUUUUUAUGCUAACUCUACUUAUACCCGGGCCUAAAGCUCUUGGUAGAGACAUUGAUGUUUAUUUGCAACCAUUGAUUGACGAUCUUAUAGAAUUAUGGGAAGGAGGUGUGACAACGUAUGAUUCUUAUUCUUCAACAAAUUUUCAAUUGCAUGCUUCUAUUCUUUGGACUAUAAAUGAUUUUCCUGCUUAUGGAAAUCUGUCUGGAUGGUUUACUAAAGGAUACAUGGCAUGCCCAAAUUGCAAUGAUGAUGCAUGUUCUCAAAGAUUGAGAAGUAAGUUGGGAUUUUUAGGUAGUCGUCGUUUCUUGCCCACUAAUCAUGCAUGGCGACGAAACAAAAAAUUUAAUGGGCAUGUGGAGAGUCGAAGUGCAACUGGAAAGUUUAAGUGACACUCCAUUUGGGAAGCAUCCAAAUAAAAGGAAAAGAAAAAGAAAUCCUGAAGAGCUUAAUUGGAGUAAGAAAAGUAUUUUCUUCAAGCUUCCUUAUUGGAGCAAAAUUUCUAUUAUUAACAAAGCUCUUAUCCAAAAUUUCUAUUAUUAAAAAACAUAGUUUUUGUUAAUUAACAAGUUCUUUAUAAUAUUAUUUAUUAACUAAGCUUCUAAACAUUAAUUUUUUAGAUGAGAUUAGAUGUUGUUAAUUUUCGAGAAGAUUCUCGAAUCUUUGAAUGUGUGGAAAAUAUUUUCAAAGUUCGCUAUAGGAAUUACAAGCACGAAUUGCACAAGCAGUUCCUCAAAUAUGACUCUACAACUGAGGCAAAGCUACAUGUUCCAAAAGGCCUAACACAAGAUAAUUGGAAUGAACUCUGUGAUUAUUGGUCCAAAGGGAAUGUGCAGGUGAAGUGCAUGAUAAAUUCUUGGUGCCGUAGUCAACAGAAAAUACCACAUAAUCAAGGGUCUGCUGCAUUUGUACCGGUGUUUAAUGAACUUAGGCAAAAGGAGGAAGGUGGUUUUAUGCCUGAUAGGAUUGCUUUAUUUAAAUUCACUCGCUGUAAGAAUGACAAGUGGAUUACACCGGAAGCAGAGGAAACUUAUCAAAAGAUGAUCACCAUGCUCGAGACUUCAACAUCAGAUGGAAAUCCAAUGACUGUUGAUCAAGUUUAUGAUGUUGUAAUGGGCACACGAUCAGGAUAUAUCAAAGGAAUGGGGAAUGGACCAAAACCACAAACAUCUAGAUCCACCCGGGCAAGCACAUCCCAUCUUGAGGAGCAAAUGAAAACGACUAUGAAUGAGAACUCUCAACUAAAGACAGAGCUUGCUGAUUUGAAGAUGAAGUUUCAACAAUAUGAAGAACUACUUGCUGCAUUAGCAGCAGAGAGAUCUAACCAAAACUGAAUUAAUUCAAUGGAUGAAAUUUUUGUGAAUUACAAGGGGUGUAUUUUUUGGAGUUGAAGACCGGAUGACGUUAUUGUACUGUUAUUUACGCUAUUAGUUUUGAAGGCGCGAAGGGGCUUUAACCAUUACAUGCACUACUGGUUUUUUUUGCUGUUUACACUAAGCUCCUUUCUAUGGAAAGUAAAAGUAUGAAUUUGAGCUGCAGUAUAUAUAUAUGGCAGCAUCAAUAUUGCAACUUAAUCUACAACAAGGGUAUUGCAUAUCUAGACAUCAAAUUGGACCCGGCAUCAUAUCGAACCUUCUACCCCAACAUCAGGUCGGACCUUCUCCUCAAGACAAAGGACUUCUAAAGUGGCGACCUCAAUAAUUUUGAUAAACAUGAGAAUUAUUAUCUAUCUUUAUGUGCAUAAA